AUGGACCCGCCCGCCCCGGAAACCCUCAUGCGCGCGCUGGAGCAACUGAACUACCUGGGGGCGCUGGACAACGAGGGGGAGCUGACGAGCGAGGGCGAGGCGAUGGCGGAGUUCCCGCUGGACCCGCAGCUGGCGAAGUGCCUGGUGGAGUCCCCGCGGCACAGCUGCAGCAAAGAAAUGCUGUCGAUCGCAGCAAUGCUGUCGGUGCCGCUGGUGUUCCUGCGGCCGAAGGAGAAGGUGAAGCAGGCCGACGCCACCAAGGCCAGGUUCGCCCACCUCGACGGAGACCACCUGACCCUCCUGAACGUCUUCCACGCCUACAUCCAGCACGGCGCGGGGAGCGCAGAGGCCGAGAGGCAGUUCUGCUUCGAGAACUACCUGAACCCCCGCUCGCUGGCCGCGGCCAAGAACGUGCGCAUGCAGCUGCAGCGCACGAUGGAGCGGCUGGCCAUCCCCAUCACCGCGAGCCCCUACUCCGACAAAAACUACUACCCCCAAAUCCGGCGCGCCAUCCUCGCGGGCUUCUUCAUGCAGGUGGCGCACCUGCAGCGCAGCGGCCACUACAUGACUGUCAAGGACGGCCAGCUCGUCGCGCUGCACCCCUCCUCCACGCUCGCCCACAAGCCCGAGUGGGUGCUUUACCACGAGUUCGUCUUGACUUCCAAGGCCUUCGUCAGGACCUGCACGCAGGUCCGCGGCGAGUGGCUCUUGCGCCAGGCGCCCCACUUCUACGACCCCGCAGAGUUCCCCCCGGGCGAGGCCAAGAAGCAGCUCGAGAAAAUCCACCUCAAAAUGCAGAAGGAGGACGCUCCCGGCAGCAGCAGCAGCAGCAGCAGCAGCGGCGGCGGCGGCGGCGGGGGGGGGGGAGGGGGGGGCGCGCAGGGCGCGGACGCGCACGCUAACAACGCCGCGUUCGCUAAUGGGCAGGCCCAUGCAGCCGUGCUGCUGCAGCUGCUCUCAGCAGCAAGAGCAGCGCCAGCCGCAGCAGCGGCAGCAGCAGCAGCAGCAACUGCAGCAGUGGCAGCUGCUGCUGCGCUUGCACCCCUCGAGCCACACCGUCCCCCAAGAAAAGCUGGGGAGGCUCACCCGCGUCAGCAGCACCGGCAGCAGCGGGGCCAGCAGCAGCAGCAGCAGCAACAACAACAGCCGCAACAGCAGCAGCAACGGCGGCUACAGCAGCAACAGCAGUAG